CAGGUAUAGGAAUCCCAAAGGUUUUGUUUAAAAGGAGAAACAUGGGAGAGAAAUCUUCAUACUUUCAAAUCUGGUUAAGAUGAGAACAUCAAUUUAUAUUUCGUUUUCUUGUGUUCUGGCUUGUGUUGUUGCUUUACCCUAUGGUCUCCCUAUCCCUGAGGGUGGUGCAGGUCCCCUUGAUACCCCUGGAGUGCAUAUUUUGGUGAGAAGAGAGGCACAACCCCUUCCCCUCCCUUACAGGGGACACAGCCACGGACACAGCCACGGACACGGCCACGAUAGACAUGACAGUCAUGGAUCUCAUGGAAGUUUUGGAGGUCAUGGAAGCCAUGGAAGUCAUGGAGGAUUUAACAAUGGAUAUGGCAAUAGUGGAUACAAUAAUGGCGGCUUUAAUAACGGUUACAAUAACGGUUAUAAUAACGGCGGCUUUAAUAGCGGUUAUAAUAACGGCGGCUUUAAUAGCGGUUAUAAUAACGGCGGCUAUAAUAAUGGCUAUGGAAAUGGAUUUGGCAAUGGAUUGGGAGGAGGACUUCUUGGUAUUCUUGGUUAAGAAGAAAUAUCUAAAUAUAUAUAAUUGUUGGUUAUGUUUUUUAAUGUGCAAUUAAAAAUAAGUGAUUUUUAA